AUGGUGAGCACAGUUUUUCAUUGCGUUUUCAAGGCGCUUUUGAUUGGCUGGAACGACUGCGCAGUCCCAGACUCCAUAUGGUGUAAGACACUCUGCCGCACCCGACAGAUGCAUGAGAGUCAGCAGAUCAAGUGGAACACAGGGCCGACUUGGCCCGAGAAUGCUGGCCUCGCUCAGCAGCGAGCUGAGCCUGAUACUGCACUUGCCGGAGCGCAUAGUGAAUACAGUCAUUUUUGGGGCUUAUUCGAUGAACAGCAACACCUUGACUCACAUGAUGAACUGCAUGGAUUUUGGCAUGGGCAUGGUUGCGAUUUUCAUGCUUCUUUUCAUGAUGAUUCUUAUUCCGGUUUUCGAGCAGCUCUUUUACAGACGACAAUACGCCAGCCAGGGCCGGUCCCAAGUCCGGCGGCGCAACAGGACCAUCCUUACGACGACGACAUCUUUCCUGAGCGCAGAGGCGAGGGUAGGCGGGAACCACAGCCCGCCCGAAACCAUCACAGUGAUUUUUCCGAGCUUCCGAGGGUGAAGCCAGUGGCCCAAGGACAUUCAUAUACGGUCAAGCGUGCCUACAAACGAGCAUGCAAAAGAGCCGUGUCAUCACAGACAGGACACACUUGGUACAAAGGCCGAUGGCUCUCAGCAGCCGCCCUUUGUGGACAGUACGUUCCCUCAACUGAGGUGCCGGAACCUCCCAAGCAUAGUCAAGGAGCACGCAACCCUAGCGGCACUAGGCAUUGCAAGCUUCUUUCCUGGAACUCAGGCGGCCUAGCAGCUAACAACUGGGACAUCCUGCAGAACUGGUUAGCUGAUCAUGCAGUGCAGCUUUGUUGUAUACAGGAAACGAGAUGGAACAUGGAGCAAUUCUGGAACAAUGGACAUUAUCACGUCAUCCAUCACGGCCAAGGCCGCUCAGGUGGACUUAUGACGCUGAUCCACAAUGGGCUGGCUCACAAGGGACAAAUUCGGUCCGGUACCAUGGCAAAUGGCAGGAUCCAACACACCCGGAUCUACGACCCGGACGGCGGUAUUGACAUCAUAAACAUUUAUCAGCGGGUCUGGUCACAUGGAGCCGUGGCAGACGUAACAGCUCAGCGAAAGACAGUCUGGAACGCGCUCAACGCGUGCUUGGACGGGAUCCCAGCGCGAAACCAAGUGUUGGUUUGCGGUGAUUUCAACACACAGUUGCCGCAUUGCAAAGGGGUGACCGGCACAGCAGUCAGCAACACAACUUAUCGAGACAAGAGAGAUGAACAUGAACUCCUUGACAUUCUCCGAUUACAUGGACUGAUUGCAGCCAACACCUUUCACGAUGCCAAACAGUACACUUAUUGUGGCUCAGGCUCCCGCUCCCAGAUCGACUACCUCUUCAUGCGCUCAAACCAGGCCCAGGGCCUCAGCAAGCGCGCGCAUGGACUUCACAAAUUCCCGUUGUUGGCAGCCCGCGGUGAGGGCUAUCAUGUUCCUUUGCUGGCGCAUGUCCCCAGGAGAUGGCGCAUUUGGCGCUACGACAGUGCACCUCGCCAACCACGCGGUCCCAGCAGGCCUGAACUACAACGUCAUAUCAAAGAUCACGUGGCUCAUGUCGAACAUUACCUGCAGCAAGCCCUCGUGUCCCCCUUUGACAGUGUAGAAGCAGUGGACCAAGCCAUCAUUGAGGUCCAAAAUCAAAUUGCUACGCAGGUCCAGCAUGUGCCAGUACAACACCAACGGCCAUGGCAAAACCUCGAUCUGCGCACAGUCCUCAAGCAGGCCUGGGCACAUCUACGGCAAGCCAGGGCACGACGCAGCUGCGGACUUCGCGAUGUUUUUCAGGCGUGGAGACACAUGCAGCAGUUCAGUAAGCUCAUCAAAUCGACAAGGACUCCAUGUCGGCGACUUAGACGCCAGCGGCUCCUGAGCAUCCUCAACGAUGCCCAAUAUCAAGAACGGAAGCGGAAUAUCCAUGGCAUUUAUCGGCUAGUUGAUCGAUUGGCGCCGAAGCGCACUCAGGCUAGGCCGCAGAUGCGAGAUGAUGCGGGCGUCCUGCUGGAUGCUAGACAGGAGGCCACGAAGACAGCUAGCUACCUCCGGUGCUUGUAUGUGGGCGAACCUUGUGUCGAUCCUCUCAUGUUGCUACCGGGUGUAGGGCAGAUUCUGACUACUCAGGAUAUAUAUGACGGUCUUCAGGCCAUCCCCGUGAACAAGGCAGGGCCCAAACACUUGGCCUUGAAUUCCAUGUACAAACACGCGUCAGCAUGGCUGGCACCCAUCUAUGCGGAAUUCCUGGCCUCGUGGUGGAACGGUCGUGUGCCCUAUAUCCCACAACCUUUCAAGGAUGCUUGGCUGGUCAUGUUGACCAAACCUGGCAAGGUUUGUCGAGGCCCUGCUGAUAUGAGACCAAUCGGUCUCUCCCAUCCCGUGGGGAAGGCACUGCUACGAGCUUUGCGUGAGAAAGUCCAGCCCUGGGCAACCGAGUACAUGGCUUAUACACCGCAGUGGGGUUAUCUGCGCGGCCGCGAGGCUUCAGAUGCUAUGGCUCGUGCUUUUGGGCAUUGCUCUGCAGUUCGAGCCUUAUGUCAGUCACAGACCCAGAACAUAAAUCACAAACGAGCGGGGCAUCAACGACAGGAGCUGGCAGCACAGAUACCUCCAGAGCUUCGACAGCUAGUUCUUCUAUGGAUCACAGGCGCGCAGUAUCAUCUGAAAGGAGAGGGUGGCAACCUAACAGUGGACGUAGGCCGAGGAGUACGACAAGGAUGUGUCCUCUCCCCAUUGCUAUAUAUCAUGGUCGUGGCACGGCUACAUUCCCAGCUUCGAAGCGCCUUCGGAGACGAGGCGGACCAGAUCUUGGAUUACUUUGCAGAUGACACUCUGAUUCACCAAGAGUUUACGUCGCCCCAAGGUUUUCGGGAGGCCAUUGAGCGAGUGGGGAAGUUGCUGGAGGUCCUGGCCCAAGCCGGCUUGAACAUCAACGAUGACAAAACCCAGGUCCUGCUACGGUUAGCGGGCAGUCGGGCAAAACGGAUGCUUCAGGAAGUCACCGAAACACGACGGGAUGGUCGGCAACUGAGAGUCUCAGCGUUAUGGAUGCAGCGAUUCUUACCAGUGUGCAAACAGGCCAAGUACCUGGGAGCGCAGCUAUCAUAUGAAGCCUAUGAAGAUGCUACCUUGCACCACAGGGUGACGGCAGCAAGGGCUACCUAUGGACGACUACGCCGCAUUCUUACCAGUCGCAGCAAUCUUUCUCUCACUUCGCGAGUUCGUUUGUGGUCUGCAUGCGUCGCGUCAGGGCUGUAUUAUGCUUUGGACUCCAGCGGUAUCUCGAACAAUGGCUUGCAAAAGGUUCGGGUCUUGGUACAGAAGCAACUACGCGCCAUAGCGCGUAUGCCAACCCACAUAACGCACGUCAGCAAUCAGGAAUUACUUGAUCGGCUGGGGGUUUGCGAGCCGGGGGCCCACAUCCUCCACAACAUGCAGGGACAGCUGCGUCGAUGGCAGGCAAAUGCAGACCAUGACAAUCCCAUUCCCAUCAAGGCGCAAGCUACUAUCGGAAGAUGGCGGCAGCAACGUGUGGAUGAGCUAAGCGCUCAGCUACAACUGGAGCAGAAGGCGGGCAGAAGUGUGCUUACGUGUCCGCAUUGUGGACUGGAGUGUGCAAAUCAAACGGUGUUAGGCUCACAUAUUUCCCAAAAGCACAAGGCUGCACCAGUCACCUUCAACCGUCUGGUACAUUCCACAGGAGGUAUGCCGCGAUGCUCUGGUUGUCAGGCGCUUAUGAGCUCCUGGGCUAGAUUGCAAAAGCAUAUCGAGCAUGGAGCCUGUCCUACCCCCAUCGGGAUCGACACACCUGAAGCCUCACAGGCCAAGCAGCCGGAUGAAAGCGAGGCUCAGCGGUUGGAGCCAGAGAUCGAGCAGUCAAAACAAUCACCUGAACCGCCUUCCAGUGAUCAACCUCUCAUUCUGCAGCCUGAAGUCAUUGCUGUUGUACGUGAGCAUGGUUGGCGAAAGCUCGCCGCGAAUACUACCUGGAGGCCCAAGCUUGCUCAGUGGUGCUGUUUAUGUGGGACCUGGUGUGUUUCAAACAGAGCGGUGAACUUCUUCAAGCACUUGCUACCGGUGGGAAGCCAACAAGAGCAGAGCGGGGCGAACAGGGCCACAACGGCAACACACGCGCCGCUGCAGACGAGCAAGCGGCCCAGGACGGAGGAGCAGCAAGGACGCCGACCACCGCGCAAAAGCAAGCAUCAGGAGCGAAAUGGACGACCGGAGCAGGGGAGCCAGGAACGCGACAUCACCAAGCUCGUGGAAGCAGCGGCCAAACUGACGCUGAAAUUGGCGGACGAACACCAACUGCUGCUUCAGGACUGCGGGUUUACUUGGUUCGUGAGCACGGAGCAGGGGGGAGUACUCCCCAUGAUGUUCGGCAUCAGCUCGGAGUGGAAGAAGCUGAAAGAGACCAACCCCCAAAGGAUCACGCAACCUCUGAACGUGCUCAUGCUGGAGUGCAUUGUGACCGAACUGCAAGCUCGUCUUCGAAAGAUUGGGGAGGACACCAGUGUAAAGACGGAUGCGAUUCAAGCGGGAUGGUGUACGGAUCAGGGGGAGUGGAAUUACAAAACCUGGGACCCAACACAGAAGGAGCUCGUAGCCACGACACGGGAACCUAUGCCGACCACGGCCGUGGAAAGUCUUCUCAUCGAGGUGCUAGCGGACAUCAAGGAACCGGGAAUUCUACACAAGUUUCAUGCGACGCACACACUUCACGAAGACAUGGACAAAGCCGAGGACAACAAGGAAGUCUGCUUCACGAUUCAAGUAUCCCUUCGCAAUGCGGGCGAGAGGCUACAUCGCAACCUGACCCAGCUCUGCGACAACAUGGUCCUCAAGCUCUUGCGCAGCAGGCUGCGUCAGGAGCGCAAGCGUCGACAUGGAUUGGCCAAACAGCUGGUGAAUAGUUUGGGCAUGGGGCAAACAGCCUGGCGCACCAUUUUGGUGCAGCGCAAGGCCUUCCAAGUCAUGUUCGGGGUUUCGCCAUUCCAUGGGACAUGGAAUGCUCGAGUUUUGGAGGCGGGACGGCUGCAAAAUCAUGACAUUGGCGCGUGCGAGCAGAUGAUUCAGCUGGAUGUUCCGACCUCUGGUCGAUGGCAGCUGCAGGCAAUGGUCGAUGCAUGGCAUCGUCAAGCUUUUCCGUACGCUCUGGAGUCGGCACCCCAAUGGCUUGCACUACGGCUUGACAGAUUUCAACAGCGCUGCGAGUCAGGACCAGUCAACAAAGUGAGAACCGCCAUGGACUGGUGCACAGACCUGAUGCUUCCUGAGUUCACCGAAGGUUUGGAAGUUAAGCAUGUUCGCUACCGUGUCUGCGCUUUUGCCGUGCACCUAGGAGAGAGUGUGACGUCUGGGCACUACAGAGCUCUUUUGUACAAUGCGAUCACAGGGAAGCUGCAUUACUGCGACGAUAAUGCGAGAGCUGUUUUGCUUAAAGACUUCGGUAGGGUUUCGAGGGACGUUUAUGCCGUUUUCUUAGCUCGCUCGCAUUAG